GGUCCCCGCCCCGGAGCCGGCUCCGUGGGGACCGGGGCCCCGCCGCCGCCGAGGACUCCGCGGGCCAUGUAAGCAGCUGCCCCGCAGAGCCCGCCGGGCAUGGCCCGGUCCCCCCGCGCCUGCAGAAGCUGGGCCGGGAGCGCGAGCGCCCAGGCACCACGUCGCUGAGGCCCUCGCCGGAGCGCAGCGCCAUGCCGUUCGGCCUGAAGCUCCGCCGCACGCGGCGCUACAAUGUGCUGAGCAAGAACUGCUUCGUCACCCGCAUCCGCCUGCUGGACAGCAGCGUCAUCGAGUGCACGCUGUCGGUGGAGAGCACGGGCCAGGAGUGCCUGGAAGCCGUGGCGCAGAGGCUGGAGCUGCGCGAGACGCACUACUUUGGCCUUUGGUUCCUCAGCAAGAGCCAGCAAGCUCGAUGGGUGGAGCUAGAGAAACCGCUGAAGAAACAUCUGGACAAAUUCGCUAACGAGCCUCUGCUGUUCUUCGGAGUCAUGUUCUAUGUGCCAAAUGUGUCAUGGCUUCAGCAAGAGGCCACAAGAUACCAGUAUUACCUGCAAGUCAAAAAAGACGUGCUCGAAGGGCGGUUACGGUGUUCACUGGAGCAGGUGAUCCGGCUGGCCGGCUUGGCAGUGCAAGCUGACUUUGGAGACUAUAAUCAAUUUGAUUCUCAAGAUUUCCUCCGAGAGUAUGUGCUAUUUCCUAUGGACUUGGCCCUGGAAGAGGCUGUGCUGGAGGAGCUGACGCAGAAGGUCGCUCAGGAGCACAAGGCCCACAGUGGGAUCCUGCCCGCCGAGGCCGAGCUGAUGUACAUCAAUGAAGUGGAGCCGCUGGAUGGAUUCGGGCAGGAGGUCUUCCCCGUGAAGGACAAUCAUGGAAACAGUAUGCACCUUGGCGUUUUCUUCAUGGGGAUUUUCGUGAGGAACAGAAUUGGAAGACAAGCAGUGAUAUACAGGUGGAACGAUAUUGGGACCGUCACCCACAACAAGUCCACGAUCCUGGUGGAGCUGGUCAGCAAGGAGGAGACGGCCCUCUUCCACAUGGAUGACAUCGAGAAUGCCAAGUAUGUUUCCCGGUUAUUUUCGACACGGCACAAGUUUUAUAAACAAAACAAAAUCUGCACUGAGCAGCCUGACUCUCCACGGCCCAUCCGACGCCAGCCCACCUGGAGCCGCUCCUCCGUGCCCCGUCAGCAGCCGUACAUCCUGCCUCCUGUGCACGUCCAGUGCAGUGAGCACUACUCGGAAACACACACGUCACAAGACAGUAUUUUCCACGGGAACGAAGAGGCCUUGUACUGCAACUCUCACAACAGCCUGGACCUGAGCUACUUAAACGGCGCCGUCACCAACGGCAGUGUGUGCAGCGUGCAUAGCGUCAACUCCCUUAGCUGCCCGCAGAGUCUCCUGCAGACCUCACCAGUGUCCUCCAACCUCAGCAUCCCCGGGAGCGACAUCAUGCGGGCUGACUACAUCCCCAGCCACCGGCACAGCGCCAUCAUCGUGCCGUCCUACCGGCCGACCCCUGACUACGAGACAGUCAUGCGGCAGAUGAAGAGGGGGCCCGUCCACGGGGACAGCCAGAGCCAGUCCCUGCGCAACCUCAGCCUGCUCAGUGCCCACGCCUACAGCCAGCCUGAGGAGCUGGUGUACAGCCAGCCGGAGAUGCGCGACCGGCACCCUUACACCGCGCGCUACGCCCCGCCGCGGGGCUACGGCCAUGCCCUGGUCUGCCCAGCCGACCCCGUGAACCCCAAGAGCGGUGUGGUGCCCAGCAGGCCGGGGGCCAGCGCCAUCUCUCACACGGUGAGCACCCCGGAGCUGGCCAACGUGCAGCUGCAGGGGCCGCAGGGCUACAGCGCUGCCCACCUGCUCAAGAACUAUCUCUUUCGGCCGCCGCCACCCUACCCCCAGCCCCGGCCCGCCACCAGCACCCCGGACCUGGCCAGCCACCGGCACAGGCACGUCAGUGGCAGCAGCCCCGACCUGGUGACGCGCAAGGUGCAGCUGUCUGUGAAGACCUUCCAGGAGGACAGCUCUCCGGUGGUGCACCAGUCCCUGCAGGAGGUGAGUGAGCCCCUGCCGGCCACCAAGCGCCACAGCCUGGAGCUGAUGAGCAGCAUGGUGCGCGGCAUGGAGGCCAUGGCACUGAAGUCGCUGCACGGCCCGGUGGCCCGCCGCAACACGCUGCGAGAGCGGGGCCCGCCCGAGGAGAUGGCCCCGCUGCCGCAGUUCCGCCACCAGAAGACCCUCUCCAACGCGACCAUGCUGAUCCACAGCAGCGAGGACGAGGACGACGAGGAGACGCCCACAGCCGCCCCGCCGCACAUGCCCGCCCUGCAGGAGAAGGUGGAGUACAGCGCCCAGCUGCAGGCCGCACUGGCCCGGAUCCCCAACAAGCCCCCGCCCGAGUACCCGGGGCCCAGGAAGAGCGUGAGCAACGGGACCCUGGGGCAGGGCCAGGCCACCCCCACCCCGGCCGUGGCCAGGGCCCGGAUGCUGAGGCAGGGACCCGCCAAGGUGCUCAGCGUUUCCCGGGCCGACCAGCUGGCCGUCAACGGGUCCGCCCUGGGCCCGUCCAUCUCCGAGCCCGACCUGACCAGUGUGAAGGAGCGGGCCAAGAAGGAGCCGGUGAAGGAGAGGCCUGUGUCCGAGAUGUUCUCCCUGGAGGACAGCAUCGUGGAGCGCGAAAUGAUGCUGAGGAAUCUAGAGAAGCAGAAGAUGGCAGGCCUGGAGGCGCAGAAGAGGCCGCUGAUGUUGGCAGCGCUGAACGGCCUCUCGGUGGCCCGGGUCACCGGCCGGGAAGAUUGCCGCCAUGAGGCCAGCCGGAUUCCCAUGGAUGAGCGGUUCAGAACCCUGAAAAAGAAGCUAGAAGAGGGCAUGGUGUUCACAGAAUACGAGCAGAUUCCAAAGAAAAAGGCCAAUGGCGUUUUCAGCACCGCGACUCUGCCGGAAAACGCUGAGCGCAGCCGGAUCCGAGAGGUCGUUCCUUACGAGGAGAACCGUGUGGAGUUGAUGCCAACCAAAGAGAACAACACUGGCUACAUCAAUGCGUCCCAUAUCAAGGUGGUGGUCGGGGGAGCAGAAUGGCACUACAUUGCGACUCAGGGGCCCCUGCCUCACACGUGCCACGACUUCUGGCAGAUGGUGUGGGAGCAGGGGGUGAACGUGAUCGCCAUGGUGACCGCGGAGGAGGAAGGCGGACGAAACAAAAGCCACCGAUACUGGCCCAAACUGGGUUCCAAGCACAGCUCAGCCACCUACGGCAAGUUCAAGGUCACCACAAAGUUCCGGACGGAUUCUGGUUGCUAUGCAACCACAGGCUUGAAGGUCAAGCACCUUUUGUCUGGACAGGAAAGGACAGUGUGGCAUUUGCAAUAUACGGACUGGCCAGACCAUGGCUGCCCAGAGGAUGUCCAAGGAUUUUUGUCCUACCUGGAGGAGAUCCAGUCGGUCCGUCGCCAUACCAACAGCAUGCUGGAGGGUACCAAGAACCAGGCCCCUCCGAUCGUGGUCCACUGCAGCGCUGGCGUGGGCAGGACCGGCGUGGUCAUCCUGUCGGAGCUGAUGAUCUAUUGCCUGGAGCACAACGAGAAGGUGGAGGUCCCCGUGAUGCUGCAGCUGCUCAGGGAGCAAAGGAUGUUCAUGAUCCAGACCAUCGCUCAGUACAAGUUUGUCUACCAGGUCCUCAUCCAGUUCCUCCAGAACUCUAGACUCAUAUGACUCCCGUCCGCUCCACACGCAGGCGGGGUCCCCUCCGGCCGCAGCAGGGACCCGGGGCCUGCGGCAGGAAAACAGGAGCGGAUCACCCACCAACAUUGUGUAUUAUUUUAUAUGAGAUAAUUUAUUCUUUCCUCUUUGGAGUAACUUUGACGAAUUAUUAUAAGGCAGUUUUCACAGUGAUGGAGUACGUUGCAUUUGAACCACAUUUUGACUGAUCUGUGUCAUGAGAUGUCGGUGGUGAAGGCUGCCUGGUGGGCCACUUUGGGGACAGAGGCAGGAGGGAAUGCAUCUCGAGUGAAGUGGCAGCCAGAUCUGUAACCGGCCUGAAAUUCAUCGGCUUAACUGCUCAUGUCAAAAAUCAAUGGCAAGAAAAUGAAUUCAUCGGGAAAUAGAAGGCAAAGGGCCAAGACCCUUCCGGAAGGGAGAGGCACUGUUCUCUUCUAUUCUGAGGGCUCAUGAGGCUUGACAGAGUUUCUUCUCUUCUUUAUUUCUGCCUUCAUCCUUAGUAAUCUCUUCUCUCACCACCCGUACCCCCCGAAACCCAAGCUUGUGUUAAAGGUAGGAAAGAGGAAAGGCGACACCUUGGAAGACGGGAAUAGCACCUUUCAGGCGAAGGAGUUGCUCGAGCUGUGUGUUUUUCUCUGGGCUCUGCAGCCUGUCUCCCGUGUGGGGCCUGGUUCCGGGAGCCUGCUGCUUCUCCCUUCGCUCACAGGUCCUGACCUGGUGGUGUGGAAGCCCGGGGCCAGGCUGUCCUCCCGCUCAGUCUCUUCUCUGGCUGGAAGCGGACAGGGGAGCAGCACAGGAGGAAGGGAGUCGGCAGGGCUUUGAUGGUGGGCCUCCGUUAAAGGUGAUGCGAGGAGCACUCAGUGCCUGCAGGUCGAGGGCUGGGUGUGUUGCAUCUCCGUCAGUCACUGUCAGAGGAAAAGUCUCGCAGGGAACAGCUGGGAGCACUGCCUGCCAGCAGCCGCUUGGCACGUAGGUGCGGGUCCCGGCCAGCAUCACACACUCGGGGCCCCGCCGUGGGCACGGAGUUGAACUCAGUCUGCAUCUUGCUGUUCUUGGUGAAAGGUGCCGAGUGUGUCACUCACCAAGCUCCCCUCUUUCGUCCGUUCUGAAUUUCUUAGGUCAGUGCACAGAAAUCAUGUCACACUCCUUCCUUCUUCCUGACUUUUGGGCACUUUUUCAUUCAACGUCUCUUUUUCUUGAACACAACUUUUGCAUUCUGGUUCUGUUCUCAGAAUCCACUUAGGUUGGUUGUCCCAUGUACUUUCCUCAUCGCUGUCUGGCUUUGUGUUUUGUUUUGUUUUCCUGAGCUGAACAGACAGACAGAGCAUGUCAAAGUAUCAAGUGGAAAGAGCCAUGGCUCUGGGACUCCCUGCCACAUCUCAGAACCGGCGCCGUUGGACGGUGACCCAACUCGGCUUCACUUCCGGCCAGGGCGUGGUGGUAGUGCUGCAGGUGUAGACUCGGAGUUUCCGUCUGGCAGUGUGGACCUGCCCCGUUUCGUCUCCUCUGAGGUGUGAGUCAGCUCAGGAGCGAGACUGCCUCUGAGCUCUGUAGAUCCCAGGAUCUUGGUGUGUGCUCUGAAAAGGAAACCAUUCACUUCCAGCGAGACAGAGAUGCUGAUCACCAGGUUGAAGGGAUUGUGUUUCCAGUUCCUUAGAGACUUUUUGGCCUGGGGACAGUCUUAACAGUUGGCCUCGGUUCCCAGUUUACUGUGUGAAGAACUUCAAUAUUUCUCUUUCCUCUCUAAGCCCCAGCGUGGGCACUGGGGAAGUGGCUUGUGUGGGCAGCAUGCAAAUUUGACAUCUCUUUGGGCUCAUCAUUCAGGGCUUCCUUAGAACCAUCCACUGUUCCCAUCUUGUGCUACUAGAAUGUUUACUAAAGCACAGGAUGCUGGGAGGAAGUGGGUAUAAUAUCCAACUUCCUAGCCAGAGUUUAUAUGCACACCCAAAGGGAAACAUUCAAGUUAUUCCAUACAUUUUAUUUUUUAAAAAUGCUUCUGCUUCUUUAGCACAUUUUGCAUUCUUUUCCACAUCUCCAGUGAAUACCAACGUUAUCUCCUGUUAAAUUAGCAGCAGCCAGUUAAGUCCUGUUAGUGGCAUCUGCAUAAUAAUUAUCCAGAGAUGCUUUAUAUCUGGGAAGCAAGCCAAGGAAUAAACCUUGAAGCAAAGUGUAUUAAAUUAGUUAUCUAGUUAGAGUUUUUGGAAUGAUUUCCUGAUAAUGUAUCAAGUGUGAAGCUGGAGCUGUCAGGGUCUAUUGCUGCUGGUAGGAUUAGAAGAGAGGAAAUUGAAAAUGGAGGAAAUGAAAGAGAGCAUCUCAGACUCAAGCUGUCCAGACGUUUUUCCUGCCUCUGGUUCUGAAGUUGCCCAGUUGAAAUACUUUGUCCUUUCAUUUGCUCUCCCUGGGAUAUGUGGACCUGGUGUUCAUCCUGGUGCACGGUGGUCCCUUGAUGUCUUUGUCCCUGACACGAGGAGAGGUGGUGGCCUGCAGUUGGUUGUGCUGGGUUCUAAGGAGAUGCCACCUUCCAGCCGGAAACCCCGGCAGCAUUUGCAGGUUGCUGGCUCAUCUCCACCCAGCUCUGCCAUGCAUAGGAAGUAAGGAUCCAGCUGCGUUAGAGGAGAACAGAGGUUGAUUUCUUCACAUGAGAGCAAAGGUGCAUGUUUAUAUGCAAGUGAACCAGCCGGGGAGGGGGCAGACAUCUCUGCGUGGAAUAUUUUGAGUAAUAAGCUUUCAGGGAGCUUAGAUUGAAUUUUACUUGUACAAACUUUGUGACUAGAUUGACAGGAGCUACUUCUGAUGGUGACGAAGCCACCCUGCUUUGCCGAGGUACUUGGCAGGUCUCCGGCUGGGCUCCUGCAGCCUUGGUCCUGCCUGCUCUCGGCUUUUGCUUUGUUAUAAACUCCAGUGGGCAUGGCAGGCCAGCAUUUCUAGCCAACUAACUACUUUUUCUCAUCGUUUCUAGUUUAAUACAGGUUGACCCUUGUGGGGUUUCUAGUAACCGAGCCUGUUUUCUGUGAACUUGUCUCUUCUCCCUGCAGAGCACGGGUCCCAACACUCGUGCCCUUCCUGCAAGUGAGGGCAGUUACACAGGAAGUGUGCAGGACAGGCAGCCUGGUGAGAAUCUUGCCGUGGUGAUGCGAGUGGCUGUGUCCCAGGGCUUGGAAGUUGCUCUUGGCAGAGGCACUGUUGGCCCCGACAGGCUGGGCUGGCUGUCGGGGACGUCAUUACGGGGUUUCCAGCUGCUGCCCUUUGUUGAUGCAUCCUGUGUGUUGAUCUGGAUUGGCCGACUGUGGUCCAGUUGUUGCAAAACAAGAUGUGAAUCCCAGAGGUGCCGAUGAUUCUCAUGGCAGGUGAGCGGGAGGACACUAGCAGGUGUGUCGGGAGCAUGAUUGGCUCAGCCCGCGCUGGCUGUUGGUGUUAAGUCUGCUUUUCGUUCGUCCCCAGUGUCUGGAGACUGGGACACUGGGGCGCCUUAGAGUGAGGAUUCCCAGAAGUGCCAGGGGGUCCCCGUGGGGGGUCUCUUACGAUGGCCUUCGCCACUGGGCUUGCAGCUUUCCCAUCUGACCAAAGACCCUGUUGCUGUGUCCCAUUUUGUUGCCAGUGGUUUUGAUGAGACAUCCACCAUGCUCUUGUUUAGUGAUUCCUUUCUCGAGCAGAGUAUCAGCCCCUCCAGCUGCCAGAUGGAGAAGUAGGAGUCUCCCCUGAGGGGCCUGCCUACAACCUGGUUAGCUCUGCAGGGCGUAACUGAGCUUAAGGUGGGAAUUUGCAUUUGACAUUUCCCACAGAGGAGAUGGCUCUGGUCUUUACCUCAGGCUCUGAGUCAUUUGGGGGCAAAACACCUUGCUGGUGACCAUGUUGGAAGGGGCGGCACUAAGCGUGGCAGGUGGGUGACGGGAGGCCCGCGACCAAAUCCUGCCAACCUGAGUCGCCAAGAGGUGGUGUGGCUCAGAGGACCCUUUGACACCCGGCCUCAGUUUAACCAGUCAGGACCUGGCAUGUACUCCGCCUGCUUGCAGCCUCUGCAUGUCCAUUAUACACUCAGGUAGCAUUUUAACCAGUGGACCACAUUUUUAUCAUUUCCAGUUUGAUGUAGCUGCAUCUUCUUUAAGAUCAACCUGUAAAGCUGCCCAUGACCACACCGUGGGCCUGGCACUGAGCAUCUGGUGUUGCUCCAUUGUACCACAAGGCCUGCAGUGUUUCGUGGCGCAGGGAAGGGGAGAGUCUUUGUCUGGCACUGCUGAUCCUGCCUUUGUACCUCCUUCCCAGUUUAAAAAUAGCCUGGGGGACCCCGAGUUGUAAGGAAGGAGGCCAGCAGGCACCCUGCAGGUGACAGGUGUCUGUCGCUAUCCUGCUAUCCUGCCUUUACAUUCUUCCUGAAAAUUGCCCUACGUUUGCCCAAAGGGGAGCCCUCCAUGGGGGAGCAGAUGGCACCUCAGAUCAACCUGGGUUUUCUGUCCAGAGGCUUUCAAAGGCUCGCGGUUUCUGGAAGCCUAAAUGUCUCUCUUCCUCCCCAUGACCUCGGUGUCGGGGAGGUGCUGGGGUCGCUUUCAUCCUGGCCCAGGAAGCCAGGGUGCAGCCAGGACACAAAACCCCAGAGGACCCCACAGGGGACUGCGGUGCCCCCGCCCUGGGGGCCAGGGCUGGAGUCGACUUCCUCCUGGGCCCUGAGGGCUCCUCCGGCAGUCUCGGCUUUUCUGGUGGCUUUGUGGCUCAGCUGUCCACAGUGCUCUUUUACCUGCCCGAUCCCUGCAACCCUACAAAAGCCUUAAGCCUGGGCCCAGCAAAUCACGGUCUCAGACCUCUCCAAAAUGUGCACUUAGCUAAUUUUUGUUCUUUUUUUCACAAAGCUGAUAUAGUUUCAAGGAAUAAGAUCUGGUAAGAAAAAACACCAGGAAUGAAGACAGCUAGGAAACCGUCAGCAAGCUGGGCAUGGUGACUCAGCCUGUGACCCCAGGACUCCAGGAGGCUGAGGCAGGCGGGUGGCAAGUUCAAGCUCAGCCUGGGCCACUGGGCGACUUACAGGGUGGCUCUGUCUCGAAAAAUAAAAAAGACAAGUGUAGCUCAGUGCAUAGACCCCAGGGUCAAUCCCCAGCAUCACCGAAAAAAAGAAAACUGUCAGCAGCCAGGCAGCCACCGUUAGCCGUGUUUUGCUUCCUGGUGCAAACUUGGUCCCGGAGGAAAUGAGAGAAAAGUAGGAGUGGGUCUGUUUAAAUCGCGGACAGCUGUGGGCCUAAGCUCACCAUCAGGGGGACUUGGACAGCUUUGAAGUGGCUGCGACUGCUGCACCGUAGACUCAUGCAGUCUGACUGGUUUCUUCUGGCGUCUUCUGCGUCCCAAUCUCUACCCAGACUGGCCACCUCGUGAGACAGGGCACCCGGCCUCGGGGACACUGAGGGCAUGGGGGUCAGCGCGUUAUCCAGGCAGGGCAGGGGGAGCUGCCCGCCUGUCUGCCCACCUUCCCACCCUUUCCUUCAGGGAGACGGAAGAGCCGCCGCCUCAGAGGUGCAGCGUAGGGUGCAGCUUUGCAGUCUCUGGGAUGCUGCUCUGGGGUUCCUGGGCCCGGCCUCCUGGGCGCUGCUCUGCUCAGGGCCCGGCCUCCCCUGCUGCAGCCUUAGCUGAGAAAUACGUACCUUCAGCAUCAGCGGACGCUGUCCUUCAGAGCUAUCCAUCUUCUCUUUCAACUUGAACAUUGUAAAAUUUUACACAACUUUCUCUGAACCUUCUUGCCACUGUGCGGUAUCCCCAAACCCUUUAACCUCAUCCUUUCAGACAAAGGGUCUCUCUUCGUCAGAGAUGAUUUCCUGUGUGUUCUUGGUGCCUUCUGUGGCCAGCAAGCCUGCCUGCGGGUACCGUGGGUGUAGAGGGAGAGGCCUGCAUGUGCAGGUGACUGUUCUACACGCAGACCCUCCUGCAACCCGUGUUACAUCACAUAAGAGGUCGGUCUAGUUUGUGUCACUGGACUGUUGUACUCUGCUUCAUUCAGUAUUUCGAUGCUUUUCUUGGUCUGUGUUUUGUAAAAUGUUGCAAAUUUUGGCAUCCUUCAAAGUAAUUCGCACGUACAGGUUUUGGUUUGAAAUGAUAUACAAGACCCCAGGGGGCCAGCUUACAGGCACUGACUGGCUCCCUCCACACAGCCUGCGUUAGGGAGAUUGUGUUGGCUUUGGGGGUGACCCAGAAGAGCAGCCAGCACCCCUUCUGUCAUCAGUGUUGAAAAUGCAUUCCAGGCUGGGGCUUGGAGUCCCCAGGACACUUUGUCCUCCCCGAGGUGACUGCUCGCUACUCUGCAAGAUGGAAGCUCAGCCUUCACUACCAGAGGAUAGCUGAAAGAGACACGGGACUGAGAAGUGGAGGCACAUUCCCUGAGCUGGGAGGGAUUUUGUCUGGAGCCACGUCAACUGUGCUUUGGUAUAGACUCCCUUCCAAUUUGAUCAUGUUAAAAGCCUUAAGUAAAACUAUGCAUGCUUUUUCUAUGUGCUAUUUUAUAUCAGUAAAUAAGCUUAUGCUUGCCAGUUUCAUACACAAGGGUGAGGUGUGUAAAACUGACUUUGACAGUAUUUUUUGCACUGUUUCCUGUCUGUUUUUAUAAAGUCUUAUUUAGGUGUCAGUCUUAGCGGAAGUCCUUACUGCCAUCAUCGUUACUGUAAAAUAUUUCAUAUGUGCCUUUACAAAUGUGAGAUCUUUAUUCUAACCUUUUUUGUAAGAGAUAUAUAUUGAUUUCCAUACACAAUAAAACCUUUUUUCAGAGAAAA